GCAGAGCUCGCCUACAUCAGCAACAGGAGCCGCGGGGAGUACAUAACCCGCCCGAAGUCCAUUCCCGGCAGCCAACCCACCCCUGCGCCUACACCUGCGCCUACGCCCACGCCCAUCCCCAACACUGGCGCCACAGAGACGAGGGCGUGGGCUGAGGACCCCAGAAAGGACACGCGCAGUCGCCCGCAUCGCUCCAGGAGUCGCAACAGAGCUGACUCCGUGCGCCGCGACUCGAGCACGGAGAGCAACGACGCCUCUUCGCCCGUGCAGCAGCGCCACUACCAGCAGCCGCAGCACCACCACCACCCGCUCCCACAGCCGCAGCCGCAGCACCAGGGCAGGGCAGCAGCCGCAGCCGCAGCAGGCACCGCAAGGAGCGGGACCGACUGGGCCGAUCGUGCGCGUUGGGCCGCACCCGCUGCCACCUGUCCGGCAUGCCAGGUAGUCACAGAGCGCGCACCGAGUCCUCCUCGAGUGAGAGCUCCCCCUUGACCCCCCCGCGGCCCCUCCAUCCGCCCUCGGCCUUCUCGGACUCGAGGGAGCUUUCCGAGGCCGAGUGUGACCGGGAGAUUUUCCAGAGCGAGGGAGGCAGCGGCGGGGGCUCGAGGCCGAGGCGGCAGAGCGAAGGCGAAGACAUCAAGGCGGAGCUGACUGUGCUCCUUCAGCGGUACAAGCAGCAGCAGGAGGUGCAGCAGCAGCAGCUACAGCAGGCCAAGACCUCGAGAGGAGCCGACAAAAACCCUUACACCAUCAACGUGUAGCGGCUCCUCCUGCAGAAGGUCUCGUUUCUACUUUUGAUCGGAGACAUCGAGAGGGAAAUUCUAUAUUUUUGCAACCAGUAGCGACUAUAGCUGAGACUGAGUGUCGGUGCACGUCUGCAUAUUUGGUGUUUGCUAAUGAGUGUCAGCCGCUCCCCUUACAACAUGUCCUUCGCCCCUUAAAAGGACCCAAACCCCAAGGCCCCUUCCCGGCGAGCGUCCCUCAAGUCAUCCUGUCAUCAUUAUGUACCUCUUCAUUCAUUCACUCACCUUUGGGAGAACUUGCUAACGUUUCCGAAUGCAAUGGACACGUCGUCAGAAAUACACGAACCUUUCUUUCAUCAUCAAUACCACGAUUAAAAAAAAAAGAAAAAAAACAUUAUUGCCGCUUGUAAUUGGUCGAUGUUCUGCGUCAUGUUACUCACCAGUCAUCGUGUUUCGCCUCCCACACUCUGCCCCGACCUCUCAUCUCCUCAUGGGUCAUCAGCGAAUGCCGCCAUUUCAUCCCCUGAACCCCCACCACCCCUGGAAGAUAAAAUCUCUGAAAUGUGUUGUGAUAUUUGACUUUAAAUUAUGUACUGGGAUCUUACAUGUUCCAUAGCCCAAAGAAUGUUGUAUGUGUGAUUAGAAUUGAAUA